CGGUGAAAAUAGAAUCGAAAAUUUUCUUUAAAAACUUUUUAAACAAAAAUGAAAUUCUUAAGUCAAACAGAAGCGAUUGCUGUCGAUCAAGAACUUUUUAAUGAAUAUCAAUUUAGUGUUGAUCAAUUAAUGGAAUUGGCUGGUUUAUCCGUUGCAUCGGCUAUUUAUAAAUCAGGUUCACUGGAUUCGUUUUACAAACCACCACGAUCAGUAUUGAUCAUAUGUGGACCUGGUAAUAAUGGUGGUGAUGGUCUUGUUGCUGCUCGUCAUCUAAAACAUUUUGGUUAUCAACCAGUUAUUCUAUAUCCAAAACAAGGAAAAGGACAAUUAUUUGCUAAUCUUGUAAAUCAAUGUAAACGAAUGGAUAUUGAAUUUAUCAAUAAUGUUGAUAAUAAUUUAGAUCGAUAUGAAUUGAUUGUUGAUGCUCUAUUUGGUUUUAGUUAUAAACCACCAUUACGUCCAGAAUCUCGACCAAUAUUGGAAUAUUUAGCUCGAAUUGAUCAUCAACAAAAACGUUUAAUUUCGAUUGAUAUACCAAGUGGUUGGCAUGUUGAACAAGGACCACCAUCAUCUGAAAAUGAUCAAUCAUCAACACCAAUCAUCAAACCGGAUUGUUUGAUAUCAUUGACAGCACCGAAAAAAUGUGCAAAAUAUUUUCAUGGUCAAUUACAUUGGUUGGGUGGUCGUUUCGUACCACAAUCAUUAGCUCGAAAAUAUCAAUUAAAUUUACCCGAUUAUCCAAAUGAUGAACAAUGUUUAUUAAUUAAUUUUUCUAAAUAAGAGAAAAAUCUCUUCUCCUAGAUUAAAAAUUCC